UGGUCCAACCGUCAAUCCGUCCGGUCGUCGUCGUGGGGUAGGUUCCGUGCCGGUUUCUGCAGCGUUCAGAAUCCGGUUUUCUUCAGCGGGUGCGACGCGUUUCUUCUUUGCCGUUUUGACAGGAAAUACCUUUGGCGUUUUGGGAUUCCUGUCGCGCCCGGUUGGUUUGAAGAAUCUUGUUAAAACGACAUUUCAUCGUGCAACAAACUUUCCAAGAAAAGCACCAGCAUGAACUCACCGACCCAAGCUGGUGUGCGUAGCUGAACAAGAAGAAAUAAGUGUGUUUUCACGUUCGAACCGCCAAUUAAACCACAAAAAGAACAACUCGUUCGUGCUGGACAGCAGCUGCGGCGGUACUCGCUUAUUAUCCUUCAACAUGUGACCUGCUGCUGCUGCAACCGAAUCUACAGUGAAGUGCGAACAAAUUAUGACGUCUACGACAACGACCACCGCUGGAAAGUGUACGACUGUUUCAUCCGACAGCAGUGGCGGUGGCGGUGGUCAGCACGGAAGUUCGGCCGGUUCGGCUGAUGAACAAUACUCGCUCGAUUCGUUGAACUCGACCGUCACCGAUGGUGGCGACGGCGAGGAUGUCUACAAUACUCUCUUCACGAAGAAGCUUUCGGCGUCGAGUUACCUCAACAGUACGCUGCUGCCCGGUGCCUGCGAGGACUUUUGCGGUGGACUGUUGAGUUCGGCCAAGUCGCCGACUAGUCUAAGCACCGUCUCCGACCGGCCCAGCGAUUCCAGCUUCGGGUUCCACAAUACGUACGCCCUGCUGGAGCGGCAGCUGGCGAGCAAGAGUUCCGCCGCGCAGCAGCUCCGGGAGUUCCUACAGUACAACGACCGCUACAAAACUCCAGUAUUCUGCGACGCAGCUCCACUGGCGUCGCGUGGUCUUAGUGCAAAUUAUUUAAGAAGUAUUACCGAGGAGAGCGAAUCGUUGUCCUCGCGAAGAUCCUCCUCCGUCGCCACCGUUGCCGAUUCGGCGACGGACGAAGAUGAACCGCCCAGCUUCCUCGAGCUGGAACUGGAAGCGUCCAGCCGGUUGCGGAAACUGCGGGAACGACUCGGCGGUAGCACAACGUCCAUCGAUGGGGAAGAUUCGAAAAAGGUGGAAUCCCCGAUGGUGGAAGCACUGUACGGAAUCAGCGCCGAAAGCUUGGCACAAGCCGCUGCCUCGGCGCAAACGCACCCAAAUCCGGAAGUGUUCCUAACCGCUAGCGCAGGACCAGACGACGACGACAAGUCGAGCCAAUCCGGAGAGUAUCCCGAGUAUAUCUACCAUGUAGCGAAGGGAAACGACGGACGCAUGUAUCUGAAAGUGGUUCGCAGUCUUCUGUUGGACAAAGUCCUAUGCGGUAAUCGUGUGAGCCAAAUGACCCGCGCGUACGAUGACAUCGAUGCCGUAACGCGCCUGCUGGAGGAAAAGGAAAAGGACCUGGAGCUGACGGUCCAGAUCGGGAAGGAGCUGCUGACGCAGAACACGCACCUCGAGAGCCGGGUAGCCGAGCUGGAGCAGGAGCUGAAGAACACGAACGAGAACCUGUCGCAGCUCGCCCACGAGCUGCACCAGAAGAACGAGCUGAUCGGCAUCCUCACCAACGACGUGGACGACAGCGGCAGCGAGAAUGUCACGCCCACCACGUCCAAGUCGAUCAACCUGGAGCUGCUGCAGCGCAAGGUCAAAUCGCUCGAGGAUGAGAACAAAUCGCUGCGGUGCGAGGCCGCCCAGCUGGUCCAGGAGACGGACGAGGUCGAGGAGCAGGAGCGGCGGCUGAUGGCGGACAUCGCGAACCAGCUGAGCACCGCCAACAGCGAGUACGACGGACUGAAUUUGGAGCUGGAACGACUGAAGGAGGAGAACCGGCUUCAGCAUGAGAACAUUAUCAGCUUGACGUCGCGGCUGACUGAGGCCGAGAUUCGGUUGCAUCAGCUGACUACGGAGAACGAGGAGGCGUCCUCGCUGCUCAGUAUUACCAAAGAGAACCAGAACCUGCUAGCGGGCGAGCUGGCUGAGUUUAAGGCACGGUAUCAGGAGGUCCUAAAUUUGCUGCACGAAACGCAAGAGCAGCUGCGGAAGCAGAGGAAGCGGUCUGCGCCGAUGGCGCGUAGUUCGUUGAUACCGGGCAUGGGAGGAGUGCCGGCCGUGGAUUCGCUUCAGUCGGAACUGAUGGAAACGUCGCUCUACUCGGAGCACAGUUUGGACUCGGGAAUUGCCUCGGAACGGGGCGGACCAUCGUCGCACAUGGCUUCGUACAAAAAGGUCUUCGAGACGGUUCGCUCGGCGACCCGGGCCAAUACGACGGGCUUCAGUGAUGGCUACUCGCAGCUUGGGUCGAUGACGAUGAGUUCGUCGUCGCAGCCACGGAUGGCGCCGUACGUUUUCCCUGGAGCGACGGGCGGAACCACGACAACGCACUCGUACAAGAGUGGUUCGUCCAUCUACAGCACAAUGUACGAAAGCUCGCUGGGCGGUCGUAGCUUCUCGCGCGAGAGUUUGGUCUCCGAGUCGGAAGACGGCUACCCAGGGCCAGCACAAGCCGGAAUCCCCGGCGCACCCGGUGCCAAAGACCUCGAGGCUGCUCUGAAACGCCUAACGCCUGCUGAAGUGCUCGCUCGAAGGGCAAUGCUUCAGCACGCUCCGGCCGGAACCUACAGCUACGAUGACCAGCCUAGUGGAAUCCCGCUUGGUUGUCGAACCCCGGACAGUAUCAUGUCCACCGGUUCGUCUGGCCUUUCCGGCAUGUCUUCGACUCAGUGGCGUCUCCCGGAGAAGCUGCAAAUCGUCAAGCCCAUCGAGGGUUCCCAAACGCUGCACCAUUGGUCACGUCUAGCAACGCCCACCCUGAGCGGUCUCCUUGAAGAACGUCCCGGCGUAACGAUCCGGGGUGGACGCGGGCUGGACGACCUCGGUCUACAAACCUACUCCCUCUCGGACGUCGAAGAGGACGCCGAAGAACACCCCGGCAAGCGCUUCCAAUCGUUCGGCUGCACGUACACCUUCACCAACAGCACCGUGAUGCACCCCGAUGACGGAACCACCGCCGUCACCUUCAGCCUUCCCCCGUCCCAAAUGUCCUCGCAGAUGGCAUCGGCGGCGCCCUCGCGGCAACCUUCCGCCCCAUCCACACCCCGGUCGGGCCUGUCGCGGCGAAACUCCUGCUCGACGUUCUCCGUCAACCUGGGGCUGGCAUCGAUGCUGAACGAACGGGGCAUCAAGGCGGUGACGCCGAGUGCGCUCAACACCCCUGCCGGGCCAAACUUUUCGCCCACGGUCACACCCUGCAACAGUCCCGAGGGUUCCCCAACCCGCUCGAUGUCCCCGGAGCCACCGCUCCUAUCAGGUCUGCUCGCGUCCGGCGCGGACAUUCUGCGCAAAAAGUUCGCCGUCGCUUCCUCGUCCCCGUCGUCCAGCUCAGUGGACAUGGAGCGGCCCUCGCGGCUAACGGCCCGCAACAAGCUCGCGCUCACCCGGCUCGAGAAGAAGGCGCUGCGCUCGAUCAAGAUCAUGGAGAAGGUCGAGAGCAUGGGCGUGGACAACUUUAUGCACCACGGCGGCCACGGAAUCAGUCCGCUGGCGCUGCACGGAUCUUCAUCGCUUUACACGUCGACGGUGCGCGGCCGGACCUCCAGUCCGAUGGCGCAGCUGACCAGCUUGAAGCACCUGCAGGACAACCGAAAGCAGCAGGACGAGCUGCUGAUCGACAAGGAAACCAUCAAGAAGGUGCUGUACAAGGGACUAUCGCACGACGGGUUGAAGAGUCUUUCCUCCGCUGCGAGCGACGCGUCCGGUUCGAGCUCGUCCAGCUCGGGCGUGUACCCGGACAGCGAUAGCGGUUCGUCGGCCAGCGUGGGCGCCGUGAAGGCGACGGCGCCAUCAGCACUGAAAGGUAGGACCGAGAAGCAGGAAACGUCGACUUCGGCGGCCCGGCUCAAGCAGAUGCAGCGGCAAAAGAGCCGCCGGAGUUUGCUGAACGGCGCCAACGGGUCUCAGCGGCCCGAUCUGGGCACGGUCAACGGGUCGUCCGGUCGGCCCGGCGUGCGGCCGGAUCUCGGUACGGUAGGUGGAGCAGCUGCUAGCAAUAAGACUAAGAGCAAUAGCAAGACGGAAGCGACGACGGCCUCGGCGGCCGUUCCGGUCCCGGAGCAGAGCCGCUCGCUCGGACAGAGCGUGUACGGCACAAUCAGCUCGCUACUGUUUGGACGCAAGGGAGGACUCCUGUAAGAGAGAGUGAGAGAGGCACAAACGAUUAUUGAUUGUGUGUUGGCGAAAUUAGCUUCUUGUGAGAAAGCGAAAGUUUAUUUGUCUGUUUUAAGAUUAUACUAUUGUGCUACCCCCUUUCUAUUUUAGUGCAUGCAAUUUAUUCUGCACAAACCCUAAAUUUGCCUUCUAAUGUAACAGUUUACACCUAACGCAUCACAUUUACGGAGAAGUAAAUGAUUCAUUGCAUCAAUCUGAUUUUUUUUUCUUUUCUUUAUUCUAAAAGACACCGCAAAUCGCUCUCUUUCUUUGAUAUUAAAACAAGACUAUUUGCUUUUACCCUUCUGAAAUACUUUUUCACACUGCCGGAAAUGAUCAGUAUCACUUUCAGUUCUUACCAAACAUCGAAUAGUAACAUUUCGUUAGUAGACUGUAGACUGUUUUUUACACUAGCAUAAAUUUUGAACAAACAAACAAAACUGAGUUGGCCCACACAUGCUGAAACACAUUCCAGUGGGACUCACACACGAUUAGGGUUAGAAAAACGAUUUCCUUCCCACUGUUUUCUUAUCUUUUUCCCUGCCCUUCUACCUUUGAAUUGCAUUUUCCAACUUUCACACGCUCUCUGCCUCUAUUGCUUUUGCUCUACUAUUGAUAUCAUUGAAGGGUGAGCGAUUUGCUGGUGUCCUAAUGUUCGAAACUUUCGCACCCACCUUAGCUUAUUUGCACAAUUUUAAUCUAACUAAUCGUCCCUCAAAGACUGCAAGAAUGUAUCAUCAGUUUAACUUAUUUGUAAUAAUCCGCAAAAAUAAUUUUCUUCAAAUUGAAAACAAAUUCUAGAAAUUAAAUUCUGUGAUAAAUUGCCAAAAUUCAUCGAAAUUUUCAAUUCAAAAGUUCUACUGUUUAUAUAUUACUUGUUUAAGUCUAAUUUGCCUUAUUUCACCAAGCACUCAAAAGGAAAACAAAAUCUCCCCACAAAACCAGGCUCACGAAAUUAGAUAUUCUCCCUGUUGAGCAUCCGAAGCAGUUUUGAAAAUUAAAUGCGUCACUUUUCUUUGAAAAGAACGCUUCAUAUAAUCGGACGUAUUUCAUGUAAUCACAAUUAUUUUCCUAACCUCUUCUGAAGUGCCACUUUGACUCUCAGUGAAUAUAGUGACAGAGAGCAAUCUAGAAUCUCUCUUUGCCCCUUUGGUGUUUAAAUUCUCUCUCUUUUUUGCACUUCUAGCGCAAAAAGAGAGACCAAAAUUAUCUCUUCCUCUCUUCCUGCAGCUUGCGAAGAAAAUCUUUCUCUGCAACAAUCGCCUUUGCAAUAUUUUCUUUUACGCGUUCUCUUUUUUUUCUCAAGCUGAGAUUUUUGAGAUCCUCUCUUCUUCAAAAUAUCUCUCCAACUCUUUGUUUACCUCACAUGAAAUACACCCGUAAAAAAACUAAAAAAAACUCACCAGUCACCUGUUCCGGGCCUUUCCGCGAAAGGCUCGUGCCAACCGCGAGAGUGACUCAAUCUGCCAAAAGAUGCCAAAAUCCUGGAGUCAAAGUAAAAUUUGUCGUGAGACCAUAGACUUCCAGCUCGCUCCGGGCGGCUUGCGCCAGGCUUUGUUUUUGCUUGUUCUCACCAUCACCACCACCUUACUUGUAUAUCUUACUUUUCUUUUGCGAGAAAAUCACACUAAGAUAAAUCUUGUAGAAUUUUCUAGUGGCGCGAGCGCGCGCUCAGUGCAGCUGGAAGUCAAAAAUGUUGUGUAAGGAAGUGGGAGAUUUUCUGACCUUUUUUCACCGACUUUGUCCUUUACUUUCAGUUUCCGAAAUUGCUGCAAUUAAAAAAAAGAGAAUACUGAAUUCUCUCUGCGACAGAAUUGCAUUUUUCUCUCUUCUGCAGCUUCGGAGCAUUUUUCAAAAAAAGAGAAAUGUUUUUCUUAUGAAGAGAGAUUCAAACUCUCUCUCCGUCAGACUUACGCUUCUCUCUCUUUAGAGUCUUGCUCUAUCAGAUUUUUUUUUGUUCAAGAGAGGAGAGUCUUGUCGGAAAGAGAGUACGGAAAUGCGAAUCUGUAGGAGAGUUCUUAAGAUAUCUCUCUUUUUUAAAAUGUAACAACUGAGGUUAGCAUCCUUACUUUGUCCCAAAAAAAUGCGAGAGUUAGUGACUGCUUUUGUAGCGUAAAACGUGCGUAGCUAGCGCUAGUUGCUGAUAGGUUCUUAUUUUCCUUUAGUCUAUAAUAUAUCAAUAAUGCUUAGAGUUAUCAAACUGGUACUAUUUUCCUACAUAAUCAACUAUCUAAUCCUCUAAACCUUUAAUUUGUCGCCGUUAUUUGCCUUUCCCUCACAAGGACUUCAAUUCAUCUGUAAAAUGGUGCUCUUCAAGCUAAACCAGCUAGAAGCAAAUAAUAAUCACAGACAAACACACAAAUUAUACCUAUUGCUAUCGUUACUUUUUAGUUUGAAAACCUCCC